AUGCCGCGCCGCGUCUAUUCGCGGCCGGCGCGGCGGCUGAGGGAGACAGUAUGCUGGGGCGGCGAGGGUUACAGACUAGCCGUGUUUCCGGCUGGGCUAAGAUUUCAACAUUAUAGCGAUGAGGUGCAUUUUAGUGGAUCGAUGAGGACAGUAAGUUACAUGAGCGUUGACGGUGCUAUGAACAGUGAACACAUCUCAUCUACGGAACACAGUCAUGCGGCUGGUCGUGAAUAA